AUGGGAGCUGCUCGUGUGAAGCGGCGCUUCAGUGCUGUGGUGGAUGGGCCAGUAGAUGAAGAGGAGGUCAUGAGGCUGGCACAGAACGCUGCGGACACAGUGGAGGGGAGCCCAACUGGGUCAAGAAGCCCCAGCAGUCCUUCCCCAACACUUGUGUUCAAUGGAAAAGCUCUUUCUCUACUUAGCAACACCAAAAAUGCCCGGAGGCAGAGUGCCUUCAAGGACUCAAUAGGAGGAGGAGAGUGCGGGGUGUCAGCCCCAGGCAGAGUGGCUGGUGUUGGGGGCACAGAGGACCGGACCUUUCUGUCCUCUGCCUUCGCCAGCCGUCGCCAAACAAGGCGCUCCAGCCGACGGCCUCGACAGCGCUUUGUGGGCAAAGAUGGACGCUGCAACGUCACCUUUGUCAACAUGAGCGAGAGGGGUCAGCGCUACCUCAGCGACCUGUUCACCACCUGUGUGGACAUCCGCUGGCGCUGGAUGCUGAUCAUCUUCACUCUCUCCUUCCUCCUCUCCUGGCUGCUUUUUGGAUUUACAUUCUGGCUCAUUGCCUCUGCGCAUGGGGACCUCUCCAUUCGACUGGACCACAGCCCCAGCAGCUCCUCUUCUGCAGGAGAAGCUGGGGCCGGAGCAGAGCCUGAUGAAGAGGUGGUGGAGCCCUGUUUUCAUCAAGUGACCAGCUUCAUGGCAGCCUUUUUGUUUUCUCUGGAGACACAGACUUCUAUUGGUUACGGCUUUCGGAGUGUGACUGAAGAGUGCCCCCUGGCGGUGAUGGCGGUCGUGUUGCAGUGCAUUGUGGGCUGCAUCAUUGACGCCUUCAUCAUCGGAGCGGUUAUGGCAAAGAUUGCUAAGCCCAAGAAGCGCAAUGAGACACUUGUAUUCUCUGAAUCAGCAGUGGUGGCAAUGAGGGACGGAAAACUCUGCAUGAUGUGGAGAGUGGGGAACCUCCGCAAGAGCCAUCUCGUGGAGGCUCAUGUCCGGGCACAGUUUCUUAAGUCCAGGGUGACCACUGAGGGAGAGUAUCUUCCUCUGGACAAUGUUGACAUCAAUGUGGGAUUUGACACUGGCAUCGAUCGUAUCUUCGUGGUUUCCCCCGUGACGGUUGUCCAUGAAAUCAACAACGAAUCUCCUUUUUACGAAAUGGACCAAAGUGCCCUGGAAAAGGACUCUGAGCUGGAGGUGGUGGUAAUUCUGGAGGGAAUGGUGGAGGCCACAGCCAUGACGACCCAAUGCCGCAGCUCCUACUUGGCGUCUGAAAUCCUCUGGGGGCAUCGCUUUGAGCCAGUGCUCUUUGAGAGGAAAGAUGGUUACCAGGUGGAUUACUCUUUCUUUAACAGGACAUAUAAAGUUCCCAGUACGCCCUCCUGCAGUGCAAAAGAGCUGAAUGAACAGAAGAAUAUCCACAGCUCAGGAUCAUCUUUUUGUUAUGAGAAUGAGGUGGCCCUUCAACUUGUGUCCUCUGAACUUGACCAAAAAUCCUCCUCUCCACCAACGCAAACGCCAUUGCUGGGGUUGGGGCAUCUACACUACAACUGA